AUGACCUCCUCCUACCAGCCAACCGCCAGGACGAACCUGGAGGCGCCGGCGCCGGUACCCAAGAUGAAGGCAGCAGCGGCGGUGACCCGAAACCCUAGCUCCCCCAGCGGCCCCCCGUCGCCGGAGAUGGAGGCCACGGCGGAGGCGCUCACGCGGGAGGAGGUUCUGCGCCGGAGGCGUCGCCGCGCCGCUCGGCUCCUUGCCGCGUACCGCCGGCUGUACUGGGCCAUGGCAGAGGAGGUGCGUGCCCGGCACCGGCAGUACGUCUGGGAGCUCGGCUGCAGCCCGCUCGACGCCGAGCAGCCGGCCGCUGUCCCGGAGGCGAAGCCUGGGCCGGCGGCGGUGCCGAGGAGGAAGAAGUGCGGGGUGACGGGGUGCAAGAUGCGGGCGAUGGCCAUGGCCAAGUACUGCCACUACCACAUCCUCUCCGAUCCCAAUCAGGUACUCUACAAGGGUUGCGGCCACAUCAUGAUCAAGAAUGGUGAUGCACAGGCUGGGAAAAAUACCCACAACACGCCCAUCCUAAAAGCAUCAGUUCCCUCACUAUGCAACCUUCACUUGCAAAGAUCUCAGAAGAACAUAUCACAUGCUUACAAGAAAGUUGGCUUUAAUCCACCUCCCACCGGUCAAAUCUCCCCGGAUUUCAGUCUCUUGGUUGCCGAAUGUGUCCGUCAGAUCCAGGCCACAAGGAGAGAGUCCCAAAGUGCCGCGGCACGGAAGAAAUAGCACAAAGAUGGGAAAACUAGCGGAGCUAUUCUUUUAGAUAACUUUUGUUACAUAAACUUUAUGCAAAAUGCCAGGCAUCCCGAGGUUUAUCUCGUAGUGGAUUGGUUAGAAUGGUGUGUAAUCUAAUUAGAUGAAUUAUUUUUUCCUUAGUAGCAAUUAAUCAUUUUUUGAAUGUUCAUAUAUGUAUUCUCUGAAACAAAAAAGAACCAGGAGCAUCCU